UGUCAGCUGAGAAAAACCGGCAACCGGCUGCUUUAUCUCGUGCUAGACGGCAACGUAGCACCAGUCGUCCCUUCUCCUCCUCUUCAUCACGACCGCCAUUAAAGUCGGAGCAAUGAAUUCUCUGUGGGAAGCCGCAAAGAAAAGUCCUUUCCUUACCAGUGCUAAUUGCGAGGCAAAGAUGACUACCGAUAACCAGUUGGUAGCCAACAGGACCAUUGCUGCCGCUGCUGCAGAAACCUACAGCUGUGAAUAUGGUAGUUCCAAAUACUACGCCCUGUGUGGUGUUGGAGGACUUUUGUCCUGUGGUAUUACACACACAUUGGUCACUCCUUUGGACAUGGUGAAGUGCAGAAUUCAGACCAACCCAGCAAAGUACAAGUCAAUCGUUACUGGAUUCAAGGUCUCUGUUGCUGAGGAGGGCAUGAGAGGGCUUGUCCGAGGCUGGGCCCCCACUGCUAUUGGUUAUUCAGCUCAGGGAGUCUGCAAGUUUGGAUUUUAUGAAGCUUUCAAGAUUGUCUAUGCCAAUGCUUUGGGAGAAGAGAAUGCUUAUGUCUACAGAACUGGUCUGUACUUGGCUGCAUCUGCCUCCGCUGAGUUCUUUGCUGAUAUUGCUUUGAGCCCAAUGGAAGCUUGCAAAGUGCGAAUUCAGACCAUGCCUGGUUUCCCUGCCACAUUGAGGGCUGGUGCACCUCUUAUCUACCAACAAGAGGGACUGAAUGGAUUUUACAAGAGUCUUGUCCCCCUAUGGAUGCGACAGAUCCCUUACACCAUGAUGAAGUUUGCUUGCUUUGAGAAGACUGUUGAGCUUCUGUACAAACAUGUUGUUCCCAAGCCCCGUGACCAGUGCACUAAGGGUGAACAGCUUGUGGUCACAUUCGCUGCAGGUUACAUUGCUGGUGUUUUCUGCGCUAUUGUGUCCCACCCUGCUGAUACUGUAGUAUCAAAGAUGAAUGCCGCCAAGGGUUCCACUGCCGGCGACACCUUGAAGAAGCUUGGCCUCAUGGGAGUUUGGCAAGGAUUGACGCCCAGGAUCAUUAUGAUUGGUACACUUACCGCUGCCCAAUGGUUCAUCUAUGAUGCCGUGAAAGUCUGGCUCGGUCUUCCCCGCCCACCCCCACCAGAGAUGCCAGAAUCCUUGAAGGCUAAAUUAGCUGCAGCCCAGCAUUAGAAGACUUGUGUAUCUUAAAUUCACAUUAUUUUUAUUUUACGGUUCAACAUCCCACCGUUCGUACAAGCCCACAUUAAAUAGUUUUGCCAUCAGUUAAAAAUUGAUUGGUCCUGAUUAUUUUUCCGUUUUUGGAUGAGAAAUAUCAUUAUACCAACUAGGGCAUUCGGCAAUGUAGCUCUCCGGUGUAAGGCAUCGUCGAUAAACGUGAAGCGACGAUUGGCUGCAGUGCAACGAUAAUAAAUAUCUGUAGAAUACGAAA